AUGGCGGGCGCGGGGGGCGGCGGCGGGCGCGCUGGACUUUGUCCCCCGGGCGGCCUGGAGCAGCUGGAGCUGGGACAGCUGGGACCGCCUUCAGGCUCGCCUUCGCCGCCGCUUUCCUCUUGCUCGAGGCAGGCCUGGAGCCGGGACAACCCGGUCUUUGAGCCCGAGGAGGAAGACCCGCCUAGGGUGGCGACGGCGGUAGCCGGGCCGGUGCUGAGGAUGGACGUGGAGUGGGGCCGGGGCGAAGCGGCCUCGCCGACACCCGACGCCGCGCAGGGAAGGCAGCGGCGGCGCAGGCGGAGGGGCGAUGAGGAGGAAGAGGAGGAGGAGGAAGGCGGAGGGGAGCGGGGCCGUCCCUUCCCCGCCGCCGCAGGAGACGCCCUGCCCGCGCGCUUCGCUCCCGAAGAGGGCGACGGCGAGGCCGCGGAGCCCCCGCCGCACCGCAUCGCCUGGCCCAAAGGGCUGGCGAGCCGACUGCGAGGUCUGUGGGGUACUCGGCUCAUGGAAGAAACUACAACUCGAGAGAGAUACUUGAAAAGUGUUUUGCGUGAGCUGAUAACAUAUUUGAUUUUUCUUGUGGUCCUAUCAAUCUUAUCUUACGGAAUGGUGAACUCUAACAUUUACUACUACACAAGAGUAAUGUCCCAGCUCUUUCUUGACACACCAGUAUCAAAGAUGGAGAAGACCAAUUUCAGAUCAUUGUCCACAAUGGGAGAUUUCUGGAAGGUUAUUGGUGGAAUUCCCACCCACUGGAGGCCUCCUGACAUCCUGGCAAUUCCAGCCUGUGAAGUUAAUCCACUACAUUUCCACUUUCGACUUCUUCUUGGCUGCUUGUGAAAUUGUGUUUUGCCUCUUUGUUAUUUAUUAUGUGGUGGAAGAAAUCCUGGAAAUUCACAUUCACCGGUUGUUCUAUUUUAGGAAUCUUUGGAACUGUCUCGAUGUUCUCAUUAUCACACUAUCAUUGGCAGCUAUUGGAUUGAAUAUCUAUCAAAUAUCUACUGUGGAUAAGCUACUGAAGAAACUGCUAGAAGGUCAAAAUAGCUUCCCCAAUUUUGAACCUUUAGCAUACUGGCAAACCCAGUUCAACAAUGUUGCAGCUGUUACCAUGUUUUUCGUCUGGAUAAAGCUUUUCAAAUUUAUCAGCUUCAACCGAACCAUGAAUCAAUUGUCAACAACCAUGUCGAGAUGUGCCAAAGAUGUUCUCGGCUUUGCAAUUAUGUUUUUCAUCAUCUUCUUAGCUUAUGCUCAACUAGCUUAUCUUGUCUUUGGGACCCAAGUUAACGAUUUCAGUACUCUCCAGGAUAGCGUCUUUACUCAGUUCCGCAUCCUGCUGGGAGAUUUUGACUUUACAGAGGUUGAAGAAGCUAACAGAAUCUUAGGACCUGUUUAUUUCACUUCAUUUGUGUUCUUUAUGCUCUUCAUUCUUUUGGUAGGUAAUUUUUUUUUGUUCCUUGAUAUUUUUGUUGCUGGUCCUCUUUUCAAAUGGAAGUUUAUUUUGCGUUAUUAUUUUUCAAUUCAGCUAAUACGAGUUUUAUGCUAUGUAUCUAUGUACCAGAAGAACAAAAAAAAAAAAGGACUAAAUCUCACCAGAAGCAUGUACCUUCCAAAUCCUUACACUGGUAAUGGGAGAAUCUCACUGCUGUAUUACUAUACUAAAAAGUGGGCAGAUUUGGCAAACAUCAAAUCAAAAAGGUGCAGAUUCUAUGCUUCUCUGUCAGGUCUAGGACAGCUUGCCAUGGCCAACUCACUGUGGCCAUUUUGGCAUGGGACAAUUUGCCACGGAACAAGAGUUACACGAAUAACAAAAGAAGUGGUGGAAUUCACUGAGGGCCCGUUGUUGGAUGGACUGUACUGGGAGAUGUGGUACAAUAAUAAAACAGUAGCAGAAAACAGAAGUUUCAUCUACCACGAGAAUCUGCUUUUAGGAGUGCCUCGUAUCCGGCAGCUGAAAGUGAGGAAUGCCUCAUGUUCCAUACCUGAAGAUUUAAAAGAUGAAAUAAAAGACUGUUAUGAUGUUUAUUCGGUGACUAAUGAGGACACCGCUCCAUUUGGGCUCCGGAAUGGCACAGCAGCCCAAAGCUUCCCAGUGUAUCCACAUAAGGAAUAUAUCGCUCUCCUUUUUCAGGGAUACACGAAAGCCAUGGUGAAAUUAAAAUUGAAAAAAACACCAGUCGAUGACAUUUCAGAGAGUCUGCGCCAUUGUGGAGGCAAAUUAAAUUUUGAUGAACUACGGCAGAACCUAAAAGGAAAGGGACGUACGGAUGCUGAGAUCGAAGCCAUCUUUACAAAGUAUGACCAAGAUGGGGAUCAAGAAUUGACGGAGUUGGAGCAUCAGCAAAUGAGAGAUGAUUUGGAGAAAGAGAGGGAGGACUUAGAGCUAGACAGAAAUUCUCUAAACCGUCCACUCAGUGGCCGUAGCUUUCCACGAAGCCUCGAUGAUUCGGAAGAAGAUGAUGAUGACGACAGUGGACACAGCUCCAGAAGAAGAGGCAGCAGCUCAAGUGGUGUCUCCUAUGAAGAGUUUCAAGUUUUGGUCCGCCGAGUGGAUCGCAUGGAACAUUCCAUAGGCAGCAUUGUAUCCAAGAUAGAUGCUGUCAUAGUCAAGCUGGAAACUAUGGAGAGAGUUAAACUGAAGCGAAAAGAGGUCUUGGGCAGGCUGCUUGAUGGAGUUGCGGAG